GAGAGAGAGAGAGAGAGAGACUCUACUGCGUGUCUUUCAUUGCGUUAUUGGACAUCUGGAGGGUUAUUGCGCUGCUGCUCCUUGCAGUAAUUCGGCGACAUUCUGUAUAGUCUUGAUUUGAUUUCGUUAAAAAGCUUUGCAGGGAAUGGAGCCGAUAAGCGCGCCCCUGGCCUCUGCACAGGACGCCAGCUCUCCGCCGCACUCUAAACGGGAUGUGUCUCCGUUCUCCGGCGGCGGCGCGGCGCUGAAACCUAACCAAGUGAGCGAGACGUCUCUGUACGGUGUGCCCAUCGUGUCUCUGGUCAUAGACGGCCAGGAGCGGCUGUGUCUGGCCCAGAUCUCCAACACUCUGCUGAAAAGCUACAGCUACAACGAGAUUCACAACCGGCGUGUAGCUCUCGGUAUCACGUGCGUGCAGUGCACACCGGUGCAGCUGGAGAUCCUGAGACGCGCCGGUGCCAUGCCCAUCAGCUCGCGCCGCUGCGGCAUGAUCACCAAACGGGAGGCGGAAAGGCUCUGCAAGUCGUUCCUUGGCGCGCACUCGCCGCCAAAGCUGCCCGAGAACUUCGCGUUCGACGUCUCGCACGAGUGCGCGUGGGGCUGCAGGGGCAACUUCAUCCCCGCCAGGUAUAACAGCUCGCGCGCCAAGUGCAUCAAGUGUGCGUACUGCAGCAUGUACUUCUCUCCGAACAAGUUCAUCUUCCACUCGCACCGCACGCCCGAGUCCAAAUACACACAGCCAGACGCGGCGAACUUUAACUCCUGGAGGCGCCACCUGAAACUCGCGGACAAGCACAUGCCCGACGACAUCUCUCACGCCUGGGAGGACGUGAAGGCCAUGUUUAACGGCGGCAGCAGGAAAAGGACGAUGCCCGGGAGCGGCUGCGAUAUGUCGCCUCUGAAAUCGCACGGCCCGGGUCAUGUGAGACCGGCCGCGUCUCCGGACAUCCCGCACAAAACCCUGCGCUGCGACGAAGAGCGCGCGAAUCUCGGCCUCGCCAACGGAGCGCGCAGUUACCCGGUGAUCCCGGUGCCGAGCAAAAGCUUUGGCAUGCUCCAGAAAAUCCCGCCGCCACUCUUUCCGCAUCCGUACGGCUUCUCUCCGUUCGGUUUGUGUCAAAAGAAGGACGACGGAACGAACGAGCAAAACAAGACCGGUGUACCGGGUGUGUUUUGGGCCGGCACUAAGGACAGCCUGUACCCGUCAUUCCCCAUGUUCUGGCCCACCACGGGGGCUCUGCCCCUGCCGCCCUAUCAGCACGCACAGGCACAGCAAAAGCCACACGAGCUCGCCGGGAGCCGCCAGAGUGAUCCCGACAGCUCCGAGCACGAACGGCCGAGAAGCAGCACUCCCAGAGACACCGAGCGCUGCUCAAGCUCACAGUCUCUGGAGGACAAAUCCGCCGACGAGCUGAGGUCGACCGACGGUCACGCGGCGUCUCCGCAACGGAAGUCUAGCUACGUUUCCGCGUUUAGGCCCGUCGUCAAGGACGCAGAGAGCAUAGCCAAGCUCUACGGCAACCGGGACGCGUACGCGGCGCCGCCCGCGGGUCACCUGUCCCCGGACUUUGCCAGCGAGACCUCCAGCUACAGGUCUGCCUCACCGGAAGUCGACAGCGUAGGAGAACCGGAAGUGGACGUGGAGUCCAACCGGGAUACGCAAGAUGAUGACGAGGAAUCGGUCCAGCUGUCUGUGGAGGACCGACAGAGUCCGGUGAGGCAGAUCGGCGCCAGGCCGGGUCACGGAGAAGAAGUGAGGAGGAGCAGAGAGGAAGAGGAAGAUGAGGAGGACGACGAGGACGAGGAGGAACGACACGAGGACCUGGGCGAAGACAGGCUGAGUGACAGGGCAUCAAAAAGUAACGACACUCCAGCGUAUGAUGUGUGUGCUGCUGAAAAGGACGCAGGGCUUUCACUGAACUCUGUUCCAGCAGCUAAAUAUACUGCGAUCCAAGAAUCUCACAAUUCACACAGAUACAGCCAUGCUGUUGUGCAUGAGGAUGACUGGGAAUCGCAGAAAUCCCGUCACGACCACCUGAGCGUUUCUAAAGACCCUGAGCUUGAAGGUGCGUCUAGGACUGAUGGAAGAUUCCAAUUAAUUGAAAAAGACAUCGAGCACAUGGCGAAAGAGGAACUUCAAAAACAGCUGGUGGAGCAAAUGGAGCUCAGAAAGAAAAUGGAAAGGGAGUUCCAAAAUUUGAAAGAUAAUUUUCAGGACCAGAUGAAGAGAGAGCUGUCCUAUCGAGAGGAGAUGGUGCAGCAGCUGCAGAUAGUCAGGGACACUUUGUGCAACGAGUUGGAUCAAGAAAGAAAAGCUCGAUAUGCAAUUCAGCAGAAGCUAAAAGAAGCUCACGACGCUCUACACCACUUCUCCUGCAAGAUGCUCACUCCACGCCACUGCACAGGAACGUGCACUUUUAAACCACCUCUACUGCCACCUUGAUCUCUAUCCCACCACUGGAGGACUAUGACGGGUUCUCCACGCAUGAAAACCAAAAGACCUCUUCGAUACAUUUAAAAGCACUGAACUUUCCCAGGACUAAAAAAUGUGCAACUUUCUCAAAAGAUCUAACAGCGUCUCUUGAGUUCUGCUUAAACAGACAUGGACGAUUCUUCUCUGAAUCAAACAAGCCAGCAGGAUGAGAUGAG